ACAGUGUUUCAAUUUUCCAAUGGAGUAAUGGACCAUCCCAAAGAUUAUAAAACUACCUUAUUUGAAAUUGUAUAGUAUACAAUUAAUAAUUUUUCCUUAUAUAGAUCAUUGUGUCACUCUGAAAAUUCCAUUGUUUCUCAGACGACAAUAACAAUGAAGAGGCUCUUCUAGAGUUGGCUCUAACUAUAUUCGUGGUGGGUUUCGGCAAUUUUAAGCCGGAAAACAGAGACAUAAACUGAAAGAGAUUGAUAUUAUGGUUUGGUGAAGCCGCUUAAGCAACGGGAAGUGCUUGUAUCAUUCAGCUCCGGAUCAUUUUUGUUUGUUGAAGAGAAAGUGAUUGAAGUUUCAUGCAAUGGGUUAUGAUAACUCAAGAUCUGUCAGAUUUGAAGAUGACGUUGAAUUAGCAAAGCUACCUUCAGUCAAUGGAAAUGGUGGUGUUAAGUUUAAGUACAAGAUUGAUGGGACACAAGUACAAAAGACCAGCACCAAGAGAAAUGAUAAGGAGCUGCCUGGAAAGACUGGGAAAUCCAUAAAAGCUAAAGUACUGUCCAGGGUUUUUUCGGAGGACUAUGAAAGAGUAGAGAAGAAGAUAUUAGACCCUCGAGGACCAACAAUUCGGAUAUGGAACCAGAUUUUCCUUGUUACUUGUUUGAUUUCCUUGUUUGUAGACCCUUUAUUCUUUUACUUGCCAGAGGUCAGAGACCAAGUCUGUAUUGAUAUUGGAAUCCCACUUGAAGUUGUUCUUACCAUUCUUCGAUCAGUGGCCGAUGUUUUUUACAUAAUUCAGAUUUAUAUUAGAUUUCGUAAAGCUUAUAUUGCACCUUCCUCUCGAGUAUUUGGUAGAGGAGAGCUUGUUAUAGACUCUUCAAAGAUCGCAUUGAAGUACCUUCGGUUUGAUUUCUGGAUUGACCUCAUUGCUGCACUUCCCCUUCCUCAGGUACUAAUUUGGAUUGUAAUCCCCAACCUUAAUGGUUCAACAAUGACAAACACCAAAAACGUUCUUCGGUUCAUCAUAAUCUGUCAGUACAUACCAAGGCUCUUUCUCAUAUUUCCGCUAUCGUCCCAAAUUGUUAAAACUACUGGUGUUGUGACAGAGACAGCAUGGGCGGGCGCUGCAUAUAACCUGAUGUUAUACAUGUUGGCAAGUCAUGUUUUAGGAGCUUGUUGGUACCUUCUUUCUGUCGAGAGGCAAGAAGCAUGCUGGAGACAUGUUUGCGAGCAAAACAAUACAAUUUGUGAAUAUGGUUAUUUAGAUUGCAAAAUGGAGCAUGACCCCAAACGGAUCUUCUGGUUCGAGUCCAGUAAUGUCACUCACCUAUGUGAUCCAGAGGAAAAGUCUUAUGAAUUUGGUAUAUACGGUGAUGCGGUAACAUAUGGCGUUACAACCUCAUCAUUCUUCAACAAGUACUUUUAUUGUCUUUGGUGGGGUCUAAGAAAUCUCAGUUCCUUGGGACAGAAUCUUACGACCAGCACUUAUGUCGGAGAAAUAAUCUUUGCCAUUAUUAUUGCAACUCUCGGACUAGUUCUCUUUGCUUUGCUGAUUGGCAAUAUGCAAACCUACCUUCAAUCUACAACUGUCCGGCUAGAAGAGUGGAGGAUCAAGAGAACUGAUACAGAGCAAUGGAUGCGUCACAGGCAGCUGCCUCCAGAAUUAAAACUGUCUGUAAGGAAGUAUGAUCAGUAUAAGUGGCUGGCCACUAGAGGAGUCGAUGAAGAAAGUCUUCUUAAAGGACUUCCUAUGGAUCUUCGAAGAGACAUCAAACGCCACCUUUGCCUUGACCUUGUUCGUCGGGUUCCUAUGUUUGAUCAAAUGGACGAAAGAAUGCUAGAUGCAAUAUGUGACAGGCUUAAACCUGCUUUGGGUACUGAAGGCACAUUUCUAGUGCGCGAAGGUGAUCCUGUCAAUGAAAUGCUCUUCAUAGUUCGAGGCCACCUUGAUUCUUACACCACUAAUGGGGGCCGGACAGGAUUCUUCAACUCAUGCCAUCUUGGCCCCGGCGACUUCUGCGGGGAAGAACUACUGACGUGGGCCCUAGACCCUCGACCAAGUGUCAUUCUCCCAUCUUCAACGCGCACAGUCAAAGCGAUUUCUGAAGUAGAAGCAUUUGCUCUAGUAGCUGAGGACUUGAAAUUUGUUGCAUCACAGUUUAGAAGACUACAUAGCAAGCAACUUAGGCACAAGUUCCGGUUCUAUUCACACCAGUGGCGCUUAUGGGCUGCAUGUUUCAUACAGGCUGCUUGGCGUCGGUGUAAGAAGCGCAGGGAAGCAGCAGAGCUCAAGGCUAAAGAAAGCAACAUGGCCUCGGCACCUGCACAACCCCCACCCAUCUCAGCCUUGGCUACAUAUGCAGCAAGGCUUGCUGCAAGUACUAGGAGGGGUGCCAAGAAGCAUCCUGGGUCAGAUACUGGGGUUGCAAGUUCAUUACAGAAGCCAGCAGAGCCUGAUUUUUCUGUAUCUGAGGAAUGAUUGGAGAACUAAUACAAGAUGAAAUAUAUAGGAUAGUACCCUGCGCGCUAAUGUUUUCUGUACUUAUAUUAUUCAUGAGAGGCUAUCAAUAAUGUAUUGUAUAUAAGAUUGUAUCAGCACAAAAAACCAAUCAGUACAAUCUUAUAUACAAGACAUUAUUGAUAGCUUAUGUUGUAAAUUAUUUUCCAUCUCCUAGGAUACAAUCAGGAAUGGCUUGAUGUAGUUGUUUGAUUUUCUGCUGGUAACACUAGAAUGAUAGGAAUGCGCGACUGCUCAUCACACUUUGAGGACCAUUUAGCGGGACACUGUAGAACUGUAGAUGAAGCCAGCUAUUAGCAUCUGGGCCAAAAUAUACACAAGGGCUAAGAUCAGCAAGAUGUAGCCGUCAAGGCUUCCAUCACAUAAUGACUUGAUAAUACUCAUAUUUUGACAAUAAACUGGUGUUGGACC